AUGUCUAAGGAGGAGAGCAUCAGUCUCGAGGAGACAAAUAAGAUCCACGACAAGGAGCAGCAGGCAGAGGACAACUAUGCCCAGCAGCGAGAGAAGGAAGCAAAGGAGCGAGAAGCAAAGAAGAUCCAGGAUAACAUCGCGAAGUGUGUACCGUCAUUCUUCUCAUCCGCAACUGUUGCUUCUACCCCCUGUUGGCCGGUGAGAAACCGGCGAGAGCUCAAUGCUAAACUGAAAGGUACGACGCUUGGAGAUGCGGACGGUGACACAGACAACACCUUGAAAUGGCUCAAGAGGAGCAAGAAGAAGGAGAAGGAGCUGGCUAGAAAACGACAGGAGGAGCAGGAGAGCAUGGACAAGGUUUACCAAGAAGAGUACACAGAAAAGGACAUUGCCGGCUUGAAAGUCAGCCACGACUUUGAAGCGAUGGAGGAAGGCGAGGAUCGCAUACUCACGCUGAAAGAUAGUCGCAUUCUGGACAAUGAGGAUGAUGAACUGGAGAACGUCGCUCUCGCUGAGGAUGAGCGGACAAAGAAGAACAACGAACUCAAGAUCAAGCGGCGAGACUAUACCGGGUACGACGACGAGGAAUUUGUGCCUGGCCAUGCUGGGAUGAAGCGGUCCGUUUUAUCCAAAUAUGAUGAAUUUUUGGAGGGUUCGAAGGAGACAGGAUUCCGUCUGGGGGGAUCUAUCGCGUCCAGUCAGACCAAGCGUGCCGAGCAAGAAGCCGCUGCCACUACUGUCAACAAGUCUCUCCUAUCCAUUGACUACGCUAAGAACAUCGAGUCAGCAGAUUACUUGAAGGAAGGAGAUGUCGGCUUCAAGAAACCCAAGACGAAGAAGAAACGCCCCUCACGUAGAGUAGCAGAGGACUCCGACAUCCUUCCAGUCGAUGGAGGCGACCAGAUGCAGGUAGACGAGAAGCCGAUUGUGCCGCGACCGCGUAACCUGGACACCAAUUUCGUAGAUGACGAUGAGCUUCAAGCGGCGCUUGCGCGUUCACGACGAGCAAAGCUGCAAAAAGCAAAGAAGCUCUCGCCUGAAGAAAUUGCGCGUAGAAUCGCCGAGGAGCGUGCCAAGUCUGAGGGUCCUGCCGCCGAGGUCAUCAAGAUUGAAGACGAUGACAAUGAUGACGAGGGUGGUCUGACAUUCGAUGACACCUCAGAGUUUGUCCGCGCCAUUACGUACGAUCCUGUGGCAGUGAAGAAGGAACCUCCUGCAGAAGCACCACUACCCAGGCAGACACCGAAGCCACGAUCGCCGUCCGCCGAUGUCAGAAUGGAAGAGGGUGACCAACCUAUGGACGAGCUUGAGGCUGGUGAAGUCCGCGUCAAGGAUGAGCAAGAAGACGAUGAAGAGAUGCUCGCAGCGAUCGAGUACGCCAUCAGGGAAACCGAGGAGGCCGAGAAGGCUGCUACGGAGAAUUCGGAUGUCUCGGUCGGCACUUCGUCAGAGCAAACAUUCAGCUCAGGCAUGGCAUCGACUCUCAACAUCUUGCGCCAGCAGGGCGUACUUGCACCGUCCAAGGCCGAUGAACGAGAGAGAGAGCGUGUGCAGCUGCAGAGAGAUCUCUGGCUCGCCGAUUACAGGCGCAUGCUCGCGGAACGGGAGCUUGACAAAGCGAAGGCGCGUGGCGGGAACAAGGACCAGGCAACGCGCGAGUACGAGAACCGUGUCCGCGAGCAGCAGGAGGCGCGUCAGAACCUCGAUCUGUACAAGAAUUACAAGCCCGACGUCAACAUCGUCUACUACGACGAGUUUGGCCGCGUGCUCACGCCGAAGGAAGCGUGGAAAGCACUCUCGCACAAGUUCCAUGGCAAGGGCUCGGGCAGGAUGAAGACGGAGAAGAGGCUGAAGAAGAUCGCAGAGGAGAAGAAGCAAGAGGCGAUGGCGAGUGGAGAUACGCCAUUGAGCAUGAACCAGGCCUUCCAAAUCCGUCAGGAGAAGGCGGGUCAGGCCCACUUCGUUCUCUCCGUUGGUAACAGAGGUGCCGUACCACAAGCUGCAGAGUUCCUCGAUGCCCAACCGCUGUCAAAGGGUAAGACAGAGAAGACGAAGAAGAAAAAGAAUGCCACGACGUCAUCGACGCCUCAGCUCGAUUCGAGCGGCUUCAUGACUCUUCCUGCCCCGACGACACAGAACGGCAGUCCUGCGCCACUAGCCGUCGUGUCCGGAGCUCCGUCGACGAGCAACGGCUCUCCCGCUCCCCGCCCGGGCUUCUCGCGGAUCUCAAGUGUCGCAGAGCCUGCACAGUCCUCGAAGGAAGGCACACCUGUGUCUUCGGAUCGUAUGAAGUUCUCCAUUGGCUUGGGGGCCAAGCGGAAGGCGACUGGUGAUCCUGUGGAUUCCCCACCUCCCAAGAGGCGGUAG